GUGCAGCCGAGGAGGAUCGGCGGGCCAGACGGCCAGACGGUGCCAACACUCGCUUCCGAGCCGUGAACCACUUCUCUCGAGGCCUCCUCAGGACCGUGCUUUGUUUGGUGCACCCAGUGUCGCCUGCCACCUGGCACCGACACAUUUUUGUACCGGAUUUUGUGCUCGUUGAGUAAUACUGGUGGCUGAAUAUACCCCAAACAAGGAUUAUGUUGCCAAAGGCAACAUGACUUGAUCGUUGGGGAAAAGAGGACUAUUUUCAUCGGAAUGACGUUUGAGGAGGAAAAAGCUCCAAGGUAGCAAUGUUGUUCCCCAGCGUAGUCGCUGCAACCGCCCUCAAAGCGGGCUUCUCCCUUCUGGGCACUGGCCUCUGGACGCUGCCCUUGCUCGUCAUGGGGCUCGCCUACUACAGGUACGAUGCCCUAGACCCAGAAAACCAUCCAAUCAACCGGCCGAACUUGUUGCCAGAGUACGACUUUAUCGUAGUUGGCGCCGGUUCGGCGGGGGCGGUGGUGGCUUCCCGCCUCAGUGAGGUACCCGAGUGGAAAACACUAAUACUAGAGGCUGGCGACCAAGAGACGGAAAUCACCGACGUGCCCUCACUGGCCGCUUACCUGCAGCUCAGUAAAAUCGACUGGGGCUACAAAACCGAACCGACAGGCCAGGCUUGCCUUGCCAUGAAAAACGGUCAGUGCAAUUGGCCGAGAGGCAAAAUCCUUGGCGGAUCGUCGGUGCUCAACUACAUGCUCUACGUACGAGGAAAUCGGUACGAUUACAACCUUUGGGAAAGUUUGGGCAACCCUGGUUGGAACUUCGACAACGCACUUUACUACUUCAAAAAGUCGGAGGAUAACCGAAACCCCUACUUGGCCAAAACACCAUACCACUCAACAGGCGGUUAUCUGACCAUCCAAGAGGCACCCUACCGCACCCCUCUUGUCAUUGCGUUCGUGAAAGCUGGCACCGAGAUGGGUUACGAAGAAAGGGAUAUCAACGGUGAGAAUCAGUGCGGCUUCAUGGUGGCGCAGGGCACAAUAAGGAGAGGCGCCAGGUGCUCCACAUCCAAGGCGUUUCUUAGGCCGGUCAGACUGAGGAAAAAUUUGCAUGUUGGACUGAACGCACAAGUGACCAAAGUGCUGAUCGACGCUGAAACGAAGAGGGCGUAUGGCGUCGAAUUCAUUAGAAGUGGAAAGAGACAGGUCGUCUUUGCGAGGAAAGAAGUGAUUCUGUCUGCCGGUUCCAUCACGUCGCCGCACCUGCUGAUGCUGUCCGGCGUCGGCCCGAAGGAGCACCUGACCGCGCACGGCAUCCAAACAAUCGUGGACUCGCCGGGCGUAGGCUCCAACAUGCAGGACCACGUUGGCAUGGGCGGUCUCACCUUCCUGAUCGACAAGCCUGUGGCCAUCGUGCAAGACCGUCUUAACGCAGUGCCUAUCACGCUGGACUACGUGAUGCGCGAGCGCGGCCCCAUGACCAUGCUGGGCGGCGUCGAGGGCCUGGGCUUCGUGCGGACGCCGCUGAUCGCGGCCAACUUGUCGUCGGACGUGCCCGACAUCCAGUUCCAUUUCGCACCAGCCAGCGUCAACUCGGAUAACGGCGCCAGGGUGCGCAAGGUUCUCGGCCUGUCCGAGCGCACCUACCGCAAGAUGUACGCGCCGAUCGCCAACAAGGACAGCUUCACCAUUAUCCCCCUGCUGCUGCGGCCGCGAUCUAGAGGGGUGAUCCGUCUCAAGAGCGCCAAUCCAUUCAUGGCGCCGUACAUCGACCCCAACUACUUCUCCGACCACUUCGACCUGGCUACCCUGCGAGAGGGCGUGAAAAUCGCCGUCCAGCUUGCCGAGGCGAAGGCGUUCAAGCAGUUCGGCACCAGGCUGCACAAUAUACCAAUGCCGGGAUGCGAGCAUCUUAAGUUUGCCUCUGAUGAGUACUGGGAGUGCAAUAUCAGACACUUUUCUAUGACCAUCUACCACCCGGUGGGCACCACGAAAAUGGGGCCAGACAACGACCCCGAGGCCGUGGUUGACCCGCGACUCAGGGUCUACGGCGUUCAGGGACUCAGGGUGAUCGACGCCUCCAUCAUGCCGACUAUCGCGAGCGGCAACACGAAUGCGCCGGUGAUCAUGAUCGGCGAGAAGGGCGCCGACCUCAUCAAAGAAGACUGGAACGUAAUCAACGAGAGUUACUAUUUGAAGAAGCGGUGAUGCGUGCACGAGGGCUGCAGGCAGUUCCCAAACAUUUAGUUUACUCAAAAAACUGUUGCCUUUCUCACUUAAGAGAGUUACUACAACCAGCUUCGCUUUUGUUACCAUUAGUUGUUAAGUGUUGCAGUUUUGUGUAGUUAUGCGUGGUUCAAUCAGCAUAUCAUAAACAUAAACGUCUUCCAUUCGAGAAACGUUUUUCAUCUAGUCCCCGCGAUGAUGAAGUGUUGAAUGUGGGAGAAUCAGCCAUAUCGUGAACACAAUUAUGUAUUUGCAAGCCUUUAAAAAUUAGAUGCCAAAUAUACACUAAAUUCGUCUAAAACUGGAAUUUGUAAAUUUUCCUCAGUGUUCAUUUUGUAAAUAACAAAGAGUAUUUUAUACUGCUGCUACAGUUAAUGAUAGAAAGUGUAUCAAAUAAAAUCCUUUUAUAAAAAAAA